AUGGACGCACACAGGGCCAGCUCACACCAGGAACUCAUCACCCACCCCGGCCGAACAGCACACACCCAGCAUGCCUUCGGCGCAGACUCCGACGACGACGACGACGAGCACGGCAGCGCCAGCGACGACGACGGCCUGGGCUUCCAAGUCUACAAAGACCAGGCCUCGCAUGCGCGCUAUGCCGAUGCCACCUCCGCACCCUCCACGCCCGGCGCCCAGCCUCACAGCAUGGCCCCGGCCCAGCAGCCGCCCCGGGCCGCGCCCGUCUGCCGCUACCCGCCCGAGGAGCACCCGCCCAUCCAGCACUCCAACACGGCCUACAAGCCCGCCCCCGCCGACCUCGUCCACAUGCCCGCGCUCGGCGACGACUGGACCAAGGACGAGUCCCGGCGCGACAAGCACUGGGAGGGCAAGGACUCCCUCGCCAAUAAACAUAAGUGGCGCGGCCGCAAACACAAGCUCCUCCUCACCCAGGCCGCCGUCGGCGCCGGGCUCAGAGCCUUCCUCGCCGGCAGACGCCGCCUCGGCGGCUGGUUCUCCCGCUUCAUGGCCCUCGGCCUUUUGCUCGUCCUGCUGCUCCUGGCGACGCUGCUGGCCUAUUUCCUCGUCCCCCGGGUCCCCGAGCUGGCCUACAACAACGCUCAGACCUUCGAGGGCGACAGCGGCCCCGGGCUGAGCUUCCAGACCCUCGACCCCGUCCGCUUCGCCUUCGCCGCCAGGAUCAACCUCGCCAUGCAAGCCAAGACCUCCCACGUCCGUCCCCGCACCCAAGCCAUCUCCGUCAUCAUCAAGGACCUCUCGUCCGCAGCCGCCCCCGUCGAGGUCGCCCGCGGCACAACCACCCAGUCCGUCGCCAUCGACACCAAGGACUACACCCCGUUCGCCGUCGACCUCGCCUUCCGAUACUCGGCUAGCUCGAGCAAGGAUCCCGUCUGGACGGCCUGGCACGAGGCCUGUGGCCACAAGUGGCCCGGCAAGGAGGACCGGCCCACCCUCCAGAUCGGCAUCAUCGUCCAAUGGUCGCUCAAGGGCAGGCUCGGAACCUUCGAGGAACGCACGAUCCUCAACGACUUCCGGUGUCCCGUCGAGCUCCCCGCAAACGCCGCUUGA